AUGGACACAGGCGGCAAGGGCAAAGUUACUCUUGACGGCGCCCAGGAGACGCUUAUGCUAACGCUGCUGGCUCGCGCCGUCGAUGCCGAAUCUUCUGACUCCAUCCUUAAUGACGCUUUUUCUGUCAAAAUCAGAGACCAAAUCCGGGAUGAAUACAGUUACAAUUUUGGUGCACGUGCAGCGCCGGCACUUCACCUCGGCCAUAUGGCCAAGAUGGUCUCGUCUCGGGCCAAAAUAUUUGACGAGGCGACCGAAAGAUUUCUCCAACAAAACCUGGGACCCGCUACCGUAUUGCAUAUUGCCUGCGGUGCUUUCGGGUAA